CCGAUAAAACGUGGUCGCAACCACGCCCUCCCUUUUCUCCAUGCAAGCCAACCCCACAACCCUCGCUUCGGAGAUCGACGCUCCAAACACCAUCCUAUAUCUCUCCGCCUCCGAUCCGACCGCCUAAACCCCACUCUCUCAAAUCUCGCCAGCCAAUCCUAGCCGCUCAUUUUUCCCCAUGUCUCUUCAGCUUGCUUAGGUACCAAGCCAAAUCCAGGAUUUCCUAGAAGAGGGGUUCUUUGCUAUCAGUUUCAGGCUUUAUUUUGAAAAUGGCAAGAGGUACAAGGGCCCGACGUAGGCUUUCUUCCCGUCAAUCCAGGCCAACCCCAUACCCAUUACCAUCAUACAGUUGGAAGGGUCUUGAGAAGGAAGCGUUCCAGAAGAACUCAUCCAAAGCUUUGGAGAAAGACUGGGAAGACGCUACAUGUUCAGUGUGCAUGGAAUUCCCUCACAAUGCUGUACUGCUCCUUUGUUCAUCUCAUGACAAGGGCUGCCGACCAUACAUGUGCGGCACCAGUUAUCGCUAUUCCAAUUGCCUUAAUCAGUUCAAGAAGGCAUACACAAAAGUUAUGUCACCCCCCCAUGGUCAGGUUCAAGACGAUCUAUGGCAUGAAUCAGCAGAGAACUCAAGUGUCGGUUUAGGUGCUGGCUGGCCAAAUGAAAAACACGAGGUUACGGAGCUUGCGUGCCCCUUGUGCAGAGGGCAGGUUAAGGGAUGGACGGUGGUUGAAGCUGCACGUGAGUAUCUCAAUGCCAAGAGGAGGAGCUGCAUGCAGGAUGACUGCUCAUUCGUUGGGACAUACAAAGAGCUCAGAAAGCAUGUGAGGGCGGAACACCCAUCUGCACGGCCACGUGAGGUGGACCCUGUACUCGAACAGAAAUGGAGUAGGCUUGAGCGCGAGAGAGAGCGCAACGAUGUGAUCAGCACUAUAAGAUCGUCAAUGCCAGGGGCAAUGGUGUUAGGGGAUUAUGUGAUAGAGGGGGGACGUCAUGGCUUCCAUACGGAUGAGGGACAAGUUGAUGAAGAUGGGAAUUAUGAGAUGGGUGUGGAGGAGAGCAAUUGGCUCAAUGUCCUCUUCCUCUUGCAAGCAUUUGGGUCCACCGGGAAUGCAAGUUUCAGGUCACGCCUUAGGCGGCUUGAGAGGGGUCACCGCACAUUGGAGGAAGGGGGCACUGGCAGCAGCCCACCCAUUCCUAGCACUAGGGAUGGUGUUGCUGCUACAUUUGAAGGAGAGGGUGUUUCUCCAGCUAGUCGAGGGAGAGUAUUGGGCUUGGGGAGGUCCGAAAGGCGGCGGCGGCGUAGGAGCCGGCGGAGAUCAGUUAUAGAUGUGAGCUGAAGAAAAUGGAAAAGAGAAGGCGGGGCAGCCAGGCAUAAGUUGGUUUGUCAUUUGGCAGAAAUGUGAAAUGAUGCUGUCUUAUUCCCAGUAUAAACUCGGAUUUGCCCACCAUUUUAUCAAAUCUGGAAUUGGUGAUGUUAAUGACUGAUGUCAGUCUGUUGUUUCUAUUUCUAAUAUAUAGUCGCUGUAUGGUUUUCUCCUGUUUAUUGUAAUUAGCAUAUGAUGUUUUCCUCGUGUAGCA